CCCCCAGUAAGCGACUCCGUUGGGUGUUUGAGCGCUGGUCAAAACACGUUUCGGUUCAUGGGCGUUGCGCCCAAUUUCCCACAUUUCUCACCAAAACAGUGCAAAGUCUUGAAGUCAUCUCCCCCUGCCACUGACCCCGAUGCAACAAGUGUGCCGGGGGUGCAAAUUUGAUCAUCGGGACCCGGCCGCAUUUUAUUUAUGCCUUCCAGUCCCCCAUCAGAUGAUUUCUCUUGGCUCUGCUUUCUCUCCCUCCAUCAUCAACUCAUCUUUCCUCUCUUCCUCCCUCCUGUUUGUCCAUUUUAGUGUGUCUUUAAUUCCACCCACUCUCAUUCCCUACUUUCUAAUUGUCGACCGGUACGACACAACGCUUCAUUUUACUUACUCCCACGAUACAAACACCUCAGCGCUAGACGCCUUCAACUCGGUUUUUCGAAGCAACUCGUUUCAACCGACUCACACUCGUUAUAUUUGAGAUCAGGAUCUUUUAAAUACACAAAAUUCAAAAUGCAGUUCACAACUCUUACCUUGGCCGCUUUGAGCGUUGCCAGUGUUUUCGGUAAGUCAUUUGCAGAAAUAUAGCCUUCUUGCCAUAUCUAAUAUAUCCAACAGCAGCUGGUGAGGGACAAAAGCCUGGAGCAGCACAGCCAUCAGGAUCAGGAGUACCAAGAGGAGCAGGAUCAGCACAACCAUCGGGAGCUGUGGUACCAAAGGCGUCGGGAGCACCAGGAGCAGCAAGGCCAACAGGUGGAUCAGGAACCGCCCCAGGAGCAGCCAAGGGAACUGGUGCUCCAGGAAGCGGGUCAGCAUCCGGCGCUGGAGUCAAAGUCCACGUUGUGAAGGUUGGAGGAAACAAUGGCACGCUUAAAUUCCAGCCAGAUGAUAUCCAGGCCGCAGUUGGAGAUAUGAUCCAAUUCCAGUUUGCACCAAACAACCACUCCGUCGUCCAAUCAACCUUCGAUGCUCCAUGUAUCGCUUCAGGAAGCGUCUACUCCGGGUAUAUGCCAGUAGCAGCCUCUGCCUCCACAACCCCAACAUAUACUAUUAUGGUUAACGACACCAAGCCACUUUGGUUUUACUGCUCGCAAGGCAAGCACUGCCAAAACGGAAUGUCUAUGGUUGUCAACGUGUAAGUACUCCCGCAAACCAUCUUUUUAUACGAGGCAAAUUCCUAACAUUCUUCAUCAGUGCCACCACUGGAAACAAGACCCUCGCCGCCUACAAAGCAGCAGCCAAGAACGUCGCUCAAGCCACCAUCCCAGGUCAAAAACCAGGAGCAGGAGGAGCAGCACCAGGUGGAGGGAACGGCGGUGGAUCAGCUGGAGGAAACGGUACCUCUGGAGGCAACGGCGGUGGUGCUACACCUUCUGGAGGUAACGGAGGAGGAGCAGGAGGUGCUGGCGGCGCAUCCCCAGCAGGAACUCCAACUCCUACUCCAACCGUCAACACCUCAUCCGGAUCCCUCAUCCAAGUAUCAAGUACACUUCUGGUUGGUGUUAUGUUCGCUGCUUUCUUCCUGUAGAGCGUUCUCGGGUGUUAGGGCCAAGGUCACACUUGCAUUUUGCAAUACGGUUGAAAAGAGAAAUGUUAGAAAACGGGGUUGACCCACGUGUGGAGUAUUUAAAAUCCUGUAAUUUUUUGGUGAAGAGAGGAUAUUUGAUCGGGAGUUCUUCUUUUCUGGCUAUACAGCCCAAUGUUUUCUUUUGCUCUUGCUUCUUUCUUUCGCAUUCUUGAUGAUGUAUACCAAGAAUUGAACAAUAGAUAAAAUUUGUUAAUAAGAUAUCCAAUCUUAUGUGUGAUGAUGAUCA